UCAUGUGACGGGGUGCGCGGGCGGAGGGAACCGCUGUUGGAGUUGUCCUGAGGGAAGAGGCGUGAAGUGGCCGGGACGCGGCGGCGGCGGCGGCGGCGGCGACAAUGAGUUUUCUUGGAGGCUUUUUUGGUCCGAUUUGUGAGAUCGAUAUUGUCCUUAAUGAUGGGGAAACCAGGAAAAUGGCAGAGAUGAAAAGUGAAGAUGGCAAAGUAGAAAAACACUAUCUCUUCUAUGAUGGAGAAUCUGUUUCAGGAAAGGUAAACCUAGCCUUUAAACAACCUGGAAAGAGGCUAGAGCACCAAGGAAUUAGAAUUGAAUUUGUAGGUCAAAUUGAACUUUUCAAUGACAAGAGUAAUACUCACGAAUUUGUAAACCUAGUGAAAGAACUAGCAUUACCUGGAGAACUGACUCAGAGCAGAAGUUAUGAUUUUGAAUUUAUGCAAGUUGAAAAGCCAUAUGAAUCUUACAUCGGUGCCAAUGUCCGCUUGAGGUAUUUUCUUAAAGUGACAAUAGUAAGAAGACUGACAGAUUUGGUAAAAGAGUAUGAUCUUAUUGUUCACCAGCUUGCCACCUAUCCUGAUGUUAACAACUCUAUUAAGAUGGAAGUGGGCAUUGAAGAUUGUCUGCAUAUAGAAUUUGAAUAUAAUAAAUCUAAGUAUCAUUUAAAGGAUGUGAUUGUUGGAAAAAUUUACUUCCUAUUAGUAAGAAUAAAAAUACAGCAUAUGGAGUUACAACUGAUCAAAAAAGAGAUCACAGGAAUUGGACCCAGUACCACAACAGAAACAGAAACAAUCGCCAAAUAUGAAAUAAUGGAUGGUGCACCAGUAAAAGGUGAAUCAAUUCCAAUAAGACUAUUUUUAGCAGGAUAUGAUCCAACUCCAACAAUGAGAGAUGUGAACAAAAAAUUUUCAGUAAGGUACUUUUUGAAUCUAGUGCUUGUUGAUGAGGAAGACAGAAGGUACUUCAAGCAGCAGGAGAUCAUUUUAUGGAGAAAAGCUCCUGAAAAACUGAGGAAACAGAGAACAAACUUUCACCAGCGUUUUGAAUCUCCAGAAUCACAGGCAUCUGCUGAACAGCCUGAAAUGUGAACUGAGUAGGAGAAAGAAAGAAAAGCAAAAACUCCUGUAACGGUUGAGAAUAAGUUCAGCAGGUUAAAGAUGGUUGCAACAUGUGUGGGGGUGGGGGUAGGGAAGGCCAAAACUCCAUAUAUAAUAGUCUUCCUUUAUCUUACAGCGCUGAGUUUAUUUUAUGAUGUAACUAAAUGUUCUUCAUAUAUAUAUAUAUAUAUAUAUAUAUAUAUAUAUAUACAUUUAAAAAAGUACUUUCUUUGAAACACUGGAAUUUUCUUAAACUGCCACUUUUUUCCUUUUUUUACUGCACACUUUGAUGAUAAGCAUUCAGAUAUGCAUCAGCAUAAACAUUAAAGAUUUUCAUGUGCAUAGGCUGGUAUUUGUAAUUUUGCUUUCCUUCUGCAUGUUGAUUUUCUUCUCCCUUUUCAUGCUAAUGAUUACUUCUUAUUCUCUACAUGCAAAAAAUUAAAUAUUGUGUUUAAAUAAAAUUAGAAAACCUGGGUAGCCCUUACAUCUUGCAAAGAUUUAAAACAUAGCAUCUCAAUAUUUUUCACAGCUACAUUUGUUUUUACAUAUGUGUUUGAGAAAUGCAUAUGGAGUGUUUUACUAUAUGUGAUUCUGAGUCUAUUAUUCCAUGGCUUCCUGAAUUAUUUCAUCUUUGGAGUCUUCUCUGGUAUGAAUAUUUAAAUUUUUUUCCCCAAGAGAUACAUGCCAUGUUAUUGUUGCCUUCCCUUUAUUCUCCCCCCACAUCAAGUAACCAUUUUGCUGCUACUAUUAGUUGUGCCAUUGUAUGUUUUCUGCAAUGUGGAGUUGACUUUUGUUGGCAUUUUAGAGUUUGUUGAAACUAUAUCAUCUUUUCAUAAGUACUUUGAAACACAUACACAUGCAUGCACACACACACACGGGUACUUCAAAAUAAAAGUUCAUGGAAAUAUUUGUAUUAUCUUUCAAUUCUAUUUUUCCAUGAACUUUUGGAAGUACCCUCGUAUAUUUAAAUUUAAGGAAUCUUUUUGCCAUGUGUAUGCACAUAUUUUCUUGACUUCACAAGGUUGUUCCCCCCCCCCUUUUUUUUUGUUUUUUUUGCGGCUGGCUGGACAGGGAUGUGAACCCUUGACUUUGGUGUUAUCAACACUGUGCUCUAAUCAACUGAGCUAACCAGCCAGCGCUGACUUCACAGAUUUAUUCUCUUUACUUUUCGGGGAGAAAUUUUGGGGUGGGAGCCUCAGGAGGACCUAUAAAGCAUGUAGUUAUCUAGAUCUGGACAAUUUCAUGUUUAUUAAACUGGGACUUGGGCUAGUUCAAACUCAUUUAAACUUCACCCAGUCUUAAAAUUUUUUUAACACUAAAUUCAUUUGUUCAGAUUCUCUAAAAAAAGAAGGUUGCAGUCAUCUGUUCAUAUUCAUGGGGUCAGGUCUCAGAUACACUAAAUGUGGAGUGUAGGAACUAAAAUGAAGCCUGCUGUACAGAAACUACUUUUACUUAUGGCUCUUGGUUUUUAUACCAAUAUUUUUUUAUACACUUCAGUGCAAGUCUUGUCAGUUAACCUUACUUUAUGAGUAAGCUAAAUAACCCAAAUUACAUUUCUUUAAACCUAUUUUGCUACUAUGGCACUUGGAUAAAAUGGUCAGUAACCAACUUCUUUACUGGCAAAAGGUUCCAUGUACCAUGUGCUGGAGCAUCUAGUUUAAACGUGGAUAUCUAUAAAUAGUAAUGUUUUCCUUCAUGUAAGUGCCUAUUCAGAGUUUCAGAACUUAAAAAUGCCAAAUAUUUUCAUGGUCACUUGCAUGUAUUAAUCUAGAAAAUACUCAGAGAUUUUAAAAACCAGUUGUAUUUAGGCAGCCUCAGAUUGUGCAACCAUGAUGUAUAAUAAAGAAUUUGAAACAGAAA